CUUGAGUUACUGAGAAACUGAAGCUGCUGGCUCUGGUUACUGUUCACAUCGCUGAGGACGUGACAACAACAGAGACGACGGGACAAGGUCCACUGGUGUUUAUCAGUUCUGUGGAAAGGAGCUGUGGACUGUGAGGGGGCGGGGCUCAGUGCAGAGGGGAAACAGGUGAGAUAUAAAAGCAGAGACGGAGAGCGGAUUAAACAAAGUGCAGCAGAUUAAAACAGCUGAUGAGCUUCGUUCAGCUGGAGGGAAAAUAUUCAGACGAGGACACAGAGGCUGAAUUCAAACCUCAGGGGAUGGAAACACUGCCGUCUCUCACCUGGACGAUCUCGUCUUCACCUGAUACGAUGGGGCUGAUCAUCCACAGAGAGUAACCUUCGGUCUGAGCGGUUUCCUCCAGGUGAGCUGGACCUGUGGGACAAGGUCAUGUACGUCCUGUGCACCCUGGCGGUCCUGACCCUCCACAGCCUCCUCAAGAGCUGGAACAACAAGGCGCUGGAGUCUGGACGGAGGUCUGAGGGUGGAGGACAGAGAGACCGUCCUGAGGAUGGAGGCGUCCCUGAGGUGUGGGGGGCGUCCAGGUCUCAGCGUGGAGGAGAUGAUGCAGUGAAGGUGGAGCGGAGAGGAGCGAGGAGCUGCAGGGCUGAAGGGAAGAGGAGACGAGGAGGUGGCGCCGUGCGUAACGUCCCCGACAGCAGGAAGCGAGGGCAGCCGGUCCAGCGGUCCAGCGCUCUGCUCAGCCCGGCGGUCAUGUUCAGCACGAGAAAGACCUGGGACCUUAGCCACACCCCCUGCCUGCAGGAGCUCUGGAAGAAAGAUAUCUCAUUGGACGCGAGCUCAGUGGACUUCCUGAUGAGUGAUGGUGAAGACGACGGCUCCUUCCUGUCUCUGCCCACCGCCGCCUUCUCACAGCGCCCCUCUCUGUCUGCAGAGCUGACCGAAACAAACACACCCAGCCAGCAGCUGCUCAUCCAGACUCUACAGGACAAAGUCUGUGAGUUUCAGGCUCGUCUUCACUCUGAGGAAGUCACUCGUCACCUGCUGCUCCAGCAGCUGCAGCAGCACAGCGUUCAGGAGAAGACGUGUGUCAGCGGUGUUCAGACGCUGCUGGAGGAGUCGGCUCAGCCCAACGGUGUGAGGGUGUUGCAGCCAGGUGAACGACCUUUGGAUCGUCUCAGCUGUCCAGAAGAAGAGCAGCUCGUUACUCGGCUGCGCACACAGGUGGAGGAGCUGGAGGAGAAGCUGUUGGAUCAGACCCAGGAGGUGGAGAGACUUCGCUCUGAACUGGGGGCGACAGACCUGGAGAAGCAGCUGGAGCUGCUGGUGGUGGAGAACCAGCGUCUGAAGCAGGAGCUGAAGUCAUGCAGGAGCUCAGAGCUUCAGAGCCUCGACGCCGCCGCUGCUGCUGCAGAGAGCUGCAGCUGCAGCCACUGCCCUCACAGACAGGAUGCAGAGUCCCUGCAGAGGGAGGUGUCUCGCUGGGAGAGCCAGGCCCGCCAGAGGGAGCGGCGGCUGGCUGAGCUGGAGCGAGAGCUGCUGGAGAAAACCUCCAGAGUGGAGAGUCUCCGCCUGCAGCUGGACGAGUCCACGAGGCAGCUGGACGACGGCCGGAGGCAGCUGGAGGAGUCGAGGCGGAGGCAGGGAGAGGCCGAGCAUAAACUCAGCCUCCGAUUGCAGGAGUGUGAGGAGGAGCUCGCCAGGCAGGCGGCCACGCCCCCCAAAGUCAAGUAUGUGACUCAGACGGUGGAGGUGGAGUCAGCUGACUCUCAGAGAGCGCUGGCAGAGCUGCAGACGAAGAACGCCAGCCUGCAGGAGCAGCUGUCUGUGCAGAGGCAGCUGCUCCGAGAGCUGGAGACGCAGCUGCACGAGUCUCAGAGGACCUGCGCUCAGCUCAGGACGCAGAUCCUGGUGUAUGAGGGGGAGAUGGAGCGGGCUCAGGGACAGCUGGAGGUGGAGAUGCAGAAUCUGGAGGAGGAGAAGAACCGCGUGAUCGAGGAGGCGUUCAUCAGAGCCGAGAGCGAGAUGAAGGCCGUCCACGAGAACCUGGCAGGUGUGCGGAUGAACCUGCUGAGCCUGCAGCCGGCCCUCAGGACUCUCACCUGUGACUACAACUGUCUGAAGAGACAGGUCCAGGAGUUCCCCUUCAUGUUGGACAAGGCCAUCGCAGAGGCCAAGCAGGAGAUCUGUCAGGUGAUCAGUGAUGUCAGCAGCACCAAUCAGGAGCUGCUGCGUAAAUACAAGAGAGAGAUGAACCUGAGGAAGAAAUGUCACAACGAGCUGGUUCGACUCAAAGGUAACAUCCGUGUUUUCUGCCGCGUCCGGCCGGUCAGUCAGGAGGAGCAGGACUCCGCCGACGCCAAAACCAUGCUGAGCUUUGACUCGGACGACGACGCCGUCCUCUACCUCUCCAACAAGGGCAAAAUGAUGACCUUUGAACUGGACAAAGUCUUCCCUCCUCAGGCCACGCAGGAAGAGGUGUUUCUGGAGGUUCAGUCUCUGGUCACUUCCUGUAUUGACGGCUUUAAUGUCUGCAUCUUCGCCUACGGACAGACGGGCUCGGGGAAAACUUACACCAUGGAGGGUGAGGUGGACAACCCCGGCAUCAACCAGCGAGCUCUCCGCCUGCUGUUCUCUGAGGUGACGGAGAAAGCUCCCGACUGGGACUACAAGAUCUCCGUCAGCAUGGUGGAGAUCUACAACGAGACGCUGCGGAACCUGCUGGGGGAGAAUCCCACCGACAAGCUGGACAUCAAGAUGAACCCUGACGGCAGCGGACAGCUCUACGUCCCCGGACUGACCGAGAUCACCGUCCAGAGCCCCGAGGACAUCAACAGGGUGUUUGAGUUGGGUCACAUGAACAGAGCGACAGCCUGCACCAACCUGAAUGAACACAGCUCUCGCUCCCACGCUCUGCUCAUCAUCACUGUGUCUGGAUUCAACACGGCCACUGGAAACCGCACACAAGGUAAGCUGAACCUGGUGGACCUGGCGGGCUCGGAAAGGAUCGGUAAGUCGGGGGCGGAGGGCAGUCGCCUCAGAGAAGCUCAGUGCAUCAACAAAUCUCUGUCAGCGCUCGGCGACGUCAUCAACGCGCUGCGGAGCAAACACUCCCACGUCCCGUUCAGGAACUCCCGCCUCACAUACCUGCUGCAGGACUCUCUGAACGGAGACAGCAAGACGCUUAUGAUGGUGCAGGUGUCUCCACUGGCUGCUAACAUGAGCGAGUCGGUCUGCUCGCUGAAGUUCGCUCAGCGUGUUCGCAGCGUGGAGCUGAGCUCCUCGUCCUCGUCCUCCAGGAGACACGAGAACUCGUCCACCUCGUCCUCGCCCACCCACGACAGCGUCGAGCUGGACUCACCCCCGGUCACCCCCGUCCCUCUCCCCAUCUCUCGGGCCAGCAGCGCCGGCUCCACCCUCUCCUCCGCCUCCAGAACUCCCAGCAGCUCCCGCAGGAGGUCCCAGUCCCAACUCUCCACAGACAGACAGGUAGACAGAGCCAGCCCAUUGGUGGGGGACGGUGGGCAGGACGAUUAAAGCUGACGGCCUGAGAGACGUGGAGGCGACGCUGCGGGGACGUCCGUCUCUGACUGCAGGGUGUCUGCCAACACUCUGAGACGUCUCCCUGCUGGACACGUCGUCUUUCCUGUCCUCACCAGAUUAUUUAACCCCCUGAUGAAGGAGCAAAGACUGAUGGGAAUUUAACAGAUGAAUCUGAAAUCAAAGACUCUUGUCAGCGGAGAUCGCGGCCAAACAUUUCUUGUUGCUGUGAUGAUGAACAUUUAAAGACAUAAAGUGACUCUGAUGAGAAACGUUCUGGAGAUCUGCCCGUCUGAACUGAACUAAACUGAACUAAUCCUCCGUAACGUUUAUUUCUGACCCGACAAACAGUAUACGCUCUCCAAUCACAGUAUUUCUUUUAUUGUUUCUUUGUAACGUUGCACUUUAAACUUUGAGAUUAUUUUCUAACCCACAGUUCCAGAUGUGGCUGAUUUAUAAUAUAUGCAUAAUAUGGUUCUGUAUUUAUGUUUGACAUGCUUUAAUCUCAUUAUUUUGGUUUAUUUUAAUAUUUUUUUUGGAGGACGCGGACACAUGAAAACGAGACUAAUCUUAAAAUUGUGAGAUAAAAAUGUUCUGAUUGAAAUCUUGGAUUGUUUUCUCAGAAAAUGGAGAUUAAUCUCGUUUCAUCACGUCUUGAAUCCUCUGUGGUUUUCUAACAGGAUGUUUUCGUGUCCUCGUGGUCCUCUUUUAUCCAAUCAGGGUACUCCACUGAUACCGAGCUGUCCAGUAAGACGUGAGCAAUACGAGGAAAUCUUCUCCUGUGUACACGAUUGUUGUUCCUCGAUCUUCUUUUCCUGUGGAUGUUUUUUAUUUUCACGCUGAUGAAGUUUUGUCUUCCUUCGGCUCGCUGAACAAAAUGAUGCUCAAAUCUUCUUCACUUUCCUUCGACUGUUUCUCCUCGUCGUGCUCCUGCUGUCGUCUUAAUGCCUGUGUACAAAUACAAUCCUAGGGAGCCACAGGUGACCUUUGACCUCAGACAGGACAGACCUGUAGCUGUCGAACCGGCGCCAAGCUCGGCGUGACGCAGGUGAAGCAAAUAGUUAGUCGUAGUUGUAGUAACAGGAAUGCUUAGAAACGCGAUGAGCUGCUGUGUGUCGUUGACCCGAUGAUCAACAUGUCUGCUUGCUUUGUCUCAGCUGUAGGUUUCUACAGGUUGUUUUUUUUGUAUUUCCUUUUUAAUAAACAAACAUUUAAA